CUGUCAUAGUUCAAAUUGGUACGCUUGUACACAUGUUUGAAUUUUUAUCGGUUCUCGUUUUCAAAAUAUUUUCUUUUUAAAGUUUUAUUAAACAAAAUCAACUAAUAAUAUUGAAGUAAUUGAGCUCUGUCCAUAGAAACGAUUAGCCCAUCUAAGUGAGAAUCAUUACAGAACACGUGUCGUGAACCAUGGAUGUAGCUGACACAUAUGCCACACAGAGUCAAGUAAAAGAUGAAGUGGGAAUUCGAUGCCAAAAGCUUUUUCAAGACUUCUUAGAAGAAUUUAAGGAAGAUAACGAAAUCAAAUAUGAGAAACAUGCUAAGGAACUAUUGAAACCAGAGCUCAGUACCCUUGAAGUUAGUUUUGAUGAUGUUGAAAAGUACAACCAGAAUCUUGCUACCACAAUAAUUGAAGAGUAUUAUAGGAUAUAUCCAUUUCUAAACAGAGCCAUUUUGAAUUACAUACUCAGUCUUGCGGAAACUGGAAUGAAAAAAGAUCUACAAGAUAAAGAAUGCUAUGUUUCAUUUGUUGAUGUACCAACAAGACACAAAGUAAGGGAGUUAACCACAGCAAAGAUUGGUACUCUCAUAAGGAUCUCUGGGCAGAUUGUAAGGACACAUCCAGUUCACCCUGAAUUAGUUCAGGGCACAUUUGUGUGCUUAGAUUGUCAAACAGUUAUUAAAAAUGUAGAGCAACAGUUUAAGUACACAAUUCCAACAAUCUGCCGUAAUCCUGUAUGUGCUAAUAGAAGGCGUUUUAUGCUGGACGCAGACAAGAGCGUUUUUGUUGACUUCCAAAAGAUACGAAUCCAGGAAACCCAAGCUGAAUUGCCCCGUGGUUGCAUACCCAGAUCUCUUGAAGUGAUAUUGAGGGCUGAAGCUGUUGAAUCUGUGCAGGCUGGUGACCGUUAUGAUUUUACAGGAACACUGAUUGUAGUGCCUGAUGUGGGAGCCUUGUCAAUGCCAGGCUCCAGGGCUGAGAUUACAACCAGGACUAAAUUAGCAAAUGAAGGUCAAAUGGAAGGCAUAAAGGGACUCAAGGCUCUUGGAGUGCGAGAACUGCAUUAUAAAACAGCAUUUUUAGCAUGCAGUGUACAAGCUGUUUCUAGAAGGUUUGGUACUGCAGAGUUGCCUACACAUGACCUAACAACUGAAGACAUGAGGAAACAAAUGACUGACAAAGAAUGGGACAAGGUUUAUGAAAUGUCUCGAGAUCGCAAUUUAUAUAAUAAUUUAAUCACGAGCUUGUUUCCAAGCAUUCAUGGAAAUAAUGAGGUGAAGCGAGGCGUCCUAUUGAUGUUGUUUGGAGGGGUCGCCAAAACUACUAUUGAAGGAACAACACUUCGAGGCGACAUAAACGUGUGCAUCGUAGGAGACCCGAGUACAGCCAAGUCCCAGUUACUGAAGCAAGUCAGUGAGAUCACACCCCGAGCCGUGUACACUAGCGGAAAGGCUUCCUCUGCUGCUGGUCUCACUGCAGCUGUUGUUAGGGACGAAGAAUCCUUCGAUUUCGUGAUCGAAGCAGGCGCUUUAAUGUUAGCUGACAACGGUGUGUGCUGUAUUGACGAGUUCGACAAGAUGGAUCCUGGUGAUCAAGUUGCAAUACACGAGGCCAUGGAACAACAAACAAUUUCCUUGGCUAAGGCCGGAGUGAGGGCUACCCUAAAUGCACGUACGUCGAUACUUGCUGCCGCAAAUCCUAUUGGCGGACGAUACGAUCGAGCUAAAUCCUUACAACAAAACGUCGCACUGAGCCCCCCCAUUAUGUCACGUUUCGAUUUGUUCUUCAUAUUGAUAGACGAGAGCAGUGAAAUGGUUGAUUACGCAAUAGCAAGGAAAAUUGUCGAUCUGCACUGCAAUAAAGAGGAGAGCUAUGAUUGUGUUUACUCAAGGGACGACCUGCUCAGGUACAUUGCGUUCGCGAGGUCAUUCAAGCCCGUCAUUACCGAGGAGGCAGGCAAGUUACUGGUGGAGUACUACGCGUUGCUGCGGGGCCGUGAGGGGGGCGCGGGGGGCGGCGCGUGGCGCAUCACGGUGCGCCAGCUCGAGUCCAUGGUGCGGCUCGCCGAGGGCGUCGCCAAGAUGCACUGCAGCGGACACGUCACGCCCGCGCACGUGCACGAGGCCUACCGAUUACUAAAUAAAUCCAUUAUUCGCGUGGAGCAGCCCGAUAUACAUUUGGACGAGGAUGAACCUCAAUGCGAGCCGAGCAUGGAUGUGGAUCAAGACGAACCUAAUGGCACUGCAGAAACUCCCAGCAAUGGUGAUUCGGCGCCUAAAAAGAAACUGGCGCUUUCAUUCGAAGAAUACAAAAGCCUCAGUAAUAUGCUGGUCGUGUACAUGAGGAAGGAAGAGGCUGAAGCGGAGACGAGAGACGAGGAGAGCUCCGGUAUGCACAAGUCUGCCGUAGUGAGCUGGUACCUAGAACAGCUGGUGGCACAAGGACAAAUCGAAAGCGAAGACGAGUUACUUGAACGAAAGACACUAGUUGAGAAAGUCAUUGAUAGACUUAUGUACCAUGAUCAAGUAAUAAUACCUUUAUCAACGACCGGACUCAGAGGAACUCAGAAGUCGUCGGAACAAGACAUAGAAGACGAUCCGUUAUUAGUCGUGCAUCCAAAUUAUGUUGUCGACGCGUAAUUCCUAAGCUCAAUAUAGUUUAAAAAAAAAAACGAAA